AUGGGCCGCGUCGUGGUGGUGGUGGAGGAGCACAAGCCAUUGUGGCUGAGGAACAGGGUCCUCGCGCGGGAACCCAUCAGUGGCGGUGUUAUGGGAGGCUCAGGCACCGAGCUUGGCCUCAUUAACCACCACCACCUCCUCCACUACAACCUACGACUGCAUCCCUUCGUGCUCGAAGCCGAGGCGUUGGGAAGUCACAACAUUUACGUGUAUCCUCUAAUACUAACGGAGUUCGUCGUGCUCGUUGACGAGGCGUCGAAAUCCGCUUGCCAUUCGCUAGUCAGGCCCAUAUCUCGUCGUGCUCGCAGUCGAGGCGUCGAAAUAUUGCAGCUUUCUAACAGCUUCUACGGCCGGGACUAUUGUGUUCGGAUAAUCGGUGCUUGA